AUGACGCACUAUUCGCCUCCCGACUGGAGUGCCACGGGCCGUAACGUCUUCAAUCUGUCGCUGGAGGUGAUCAAAAGCGGCGUGACAGUCGACAGUCUGCCGCUAUGUCAGCAAGAGACUCGUAGCUACGUCGUCAUUGGGCGCAUGGCGACCGUGUGCGACGUGACGCUGGCCCAUCCCUCCAUCUCUAGAGUCCACGCUGUCCUGCAGUUUGACGAUCAAGGCGCGCUCUUCCUCUACGACACGAGCAGUACCCACGGGUGCUACGUGAACAAGAGACGGGUCGAUGCCGAAGAUUUCGUGCGGGUGCACAUUGGCGAUGUGAUUGGGUUUGGCGAAUCGACGCGACUGUAUGUGGUUUGUGGACCGAAAGAGCUCUUGCCGCCCGAGUACGAGUCACUCAAUUUGACCAAAUUGAGGGAGAAACUGGACAAGAAACAGCGCAUGCGAGAAGAGAGUGAGACGUUGGAAGACAAUGGAGUCUCGUGGGGGCUGAAAGAAGAUGCAGAGGACGAGGAGGAAGCAGAGAGUGACGACGAGGCGGAUGCUACGAAGACUCGUGAGGGUUUGCCUGACUAUCUUCGUAAUCUAAAGGAAGACGAUCAGCCAUACACGUCGAGUGUGGGGCCGUCGCAGAUUCACGAGAAGGACCAGCGACUGUAUCAGCAGCUGCAGACACGAAUACGCAAGAUGGAAAACCUGAAGCUGGAGCGAUCGAGGAUUCUGGCGAAACAGAACCAGCUGAAUGGACUGUCAGAGGGUCAGCAAAACACGCUCGACCGAAACGAGCAACGGAUUGACGUGCUGAUGAAACAGAUUGAUGAUCUGGAAGGGCGGAUACAUGCGAAGAACGAUCAGCGGGGGAAAUCGGGCGGCACAAAUGGUACUGCUGCCAGAAAAAAGCGCAACAUGAACGAAGAGCUGUAUGGAUACAGUAGCGACGAAGACGACUUUUACGAUCGAACGAAAGCCAAUCAGCAGAAAAUUACAGCACGAAAGCGGAAUGUUAUAGACUCGGUCGUCACUGGUGACGCGACUACAGCAGCAACACUGGCACGAUCGACGGAGAGCGAAGUUCUCACCGAAGACUCGAUUCGGGCCAAUGUCAAGAAGCUGGAAGCCGAGCUUGCAAAAGUCCAAGAUGAACUGACUGCUGUGUCUACUGUGGCUGCUGAAGAACGUCGAGCUACCCAUGGAGACAGCAAAUGUCAAGCGGGAAGGGACACUUUGGAAUCUUUCAUGGCGGCGACGACCACACAGAUGCAUAAGAGCAAGGUAGACGCACUCGCGGCACGAAAAGAGGAGGUGGAGAUGGAAUUGAAACGUCAGCGACAGCUACUUGUUGUAGCAACGCCGGCGCUGGCUGCCAUUCCGAUCUCGAAGUCAUACGACACCUCGUCGAUAGAUGAUGACGAGAGUGGACUUCCGGCUCCUUCCUCAGAGGAAAACUCAUCAGCACACGAAUUUGCUUGUGCGGAAAGGGCUGUCGAGCUCGAUGCAGCGAAAACACAAGAAGCAGCGCCAGAGCGUACGUCGGCUGCAGCAGAGAUACAAGCUCUCGCGAGUGCCAAUCCAAGCACACAGCCGCUGGCUUCGCAGAAAACAAAGCCAGUAACACAAGAAACCGAUGUCACGCCAGUCGCAUCGAAACGUCGACGGAUUGUAGGUCCAGCACGGGUUCCGCCCCCGCAGUCAAAGCUGAAAACAAGUGAUGAGCAUCCUGGCGGUGACCCGAGUGUUCUCGAAGGAGGCGAUCAAGUAUGGGUCCCGCCAACAAACCAAACUGGCGACGGCCGCACCAAACUGAAUGACAAGUAUGGCUACUAG